UCCUCCAUCGCACUGUCUGACCACGCACCUGGAGCUCGAGGCCCGGCCCGCAGCACAGUCGCGUUCCGCUCACAGGCUGGUACCGGAGGGUGUCGUUUGAAGUCAGCUGGAGUGCCACUGGGCAGAUUGAUGGGACAGGAGAGAAAGCAAAGACGUACACGACGCAGUGGGCGGACAACCAUUGCUCCUGGCUGCUAAUAAAGGAAAACCGUGUGUCGGCUGUGUGUCGCUGGAACAACAGACAGCCCAGCGGAGGGAACGCGGCACGGGAUCCCGCCUGCACCUGCUUUGUUGUCUGCGCUCGUCUCGUUCACCGUGCGGAUAACAUGUUUCAUCGGAGCGCUUUGUUACUGCUGCCCGUCUUUUGUAACAUCAUCAGCAACUCCAGCGCUGCAUCCUCAGCAUCCCGUACAGGGAAGUGUGAGGACAGCUUGGCCACUCCUCUUCCAUACAGCUCCUUCACCGGUUCGUCUCUAUACAGCCGAGGAAAUGGAGCUGGUUAUGCCAAACUCAGCCGGAAACAAGGUUCUGGAGGGUGGUCGCCAUUGGAUACAGACCGUUACCCGUGGCUACAAGUAGACCUUGGUUCUAAGAAGCAGGUGCUUGCCAUAGCAACACAGGGUUGCUAUAGUAGCUCUGAUUGGACCACAAAGUAUCGGCUACUUUACAGUGACACACAGAAAAACUGGAGACCUUAUCUACAGGAUGGAAACAUUUGGACAUUUGAAGGGAAUGUAAACAGCGAGGGUGUAGUUCGCCAUGAGCUGCAGUAUGCCAUCCUGGCUCGCUACAUCCGUUUCAUCCCAGUGGACUGGAGCAGGGAGGGUCGCAUCGGGGUGCGCCUGGAGCUGUAUGGCUGCUCAUACUGGGCUGAUGUGAUUGGUUUUGAUGGGCAUGGGGUCAUCUCCUACCGCUUCAGGAGUAAAAAGUUAAAAAUUGUGAAGGACGUCAUCUCUCUGAAGUUUCGGACCACAGCAGGAAAUGGGGUGCUGCUUCAUGGAGAGGGACAGCAGGGGGACUACAUUUCCCUCGAGCUUCACAGAGCAAGACUGCUGCUCAGCAUCAACUUAGGCAGCAACCAGAAUGGUUCUAUUCAGGGUCACACGGCUGUGACCAGUGGAAGCUUGCUGGAUGAUGACCACUGGCACUCGGUUGUCAUCGAGCGUUACCGCAGGAAUGUCAAUUUUACUUUAGACCACCAUACUCAGCAGUUCAGAACCAAUGGAGAAUUUGAUCACCUGGACCUGGACUACGAGAUCAGCUUUGGAGGACUUCCUGUGUCUGUGAAGCCAACCUCAGGAGGCAAAGAGAACUUUGUUGGCUGCAUGGAGGGAAUUACCUACAACGGGGAAAACAUCACUAGUCUGGUGCGCAGGAAGAAGGUUGACACCACCAGCUUUCGUAACCUGACAUUUUCCUGCUCCGAAUCCAACACCUCCCCAGUUUUCUUCAACUCCACAUCCUUCCUGCGGCUGCCGGGUCAGACUGACAGCGACACCCUGUCAGUCAGUCUGUCUUUCAGGACGUGGAAUCCCAACGGCCUUCUGAUGUUCACCGCCCUGGCGGAUGGCUGGGUGGAGCUGGGCCUGACGGAGGGAAAAAUCACCGUCUAUAUGAAUGUGACACAGAAGAAGAACACGCGUAUAGACAUUUCAUCAAGUUCAGGUCUGAAUGAUGGACAGUGGCAUAGUGUCCACCUGAAUGCACUGGAAAACUAUGCAAUGCUGACAGUUGAUGGAGAUGAGGCCUCCACAGUUAGAACAGCUAUCCCCAUCCAGAUCCAGACUGGGGGAACCUAUUACUUUGGAGGUUAUUUUCUGCAAACUAACACCAGAUCACAUCAGCGCUCCUUCCAGGGCUGCAUGCAGAUGAUCCACAUAGAUGAUCACCUGGUGGACCUCAAGGCGGUGGAGCAGGGCCUCAUUGGAACUUUUGAAAAUGUCAGCCUAGAUAUGUGUGCCAUUAUAGACAGGUGUGUUCCAAACUACUGUGAGCACAGCGGCCACUGUUCUCAGACAUGGGACGCAUUCACCUGCAACUGUAGUGGCACUGGCUACACUGGAGCUACUUGCCAUAUCUCACUGUAUCAGCAAUCAUGUGAGGAGUAUAAGCACCAAGGGAAGAGUUCGGGGAGCUACUGGAUAGACCCAGAUGGCAGUGGCUCUAUAACCCCCUUCAGAGUCCACUGUGACAUGACAGAGGAUGUGGUUUGGACCACGCUAAGGAACGACCUGUCUCCUCAGACGUCAGUAUCCAGUGCAGACAAGGGCAACGCAGUGCUGCAGAUUUCUUACAAUAUGACUGAGGAACAGAUGUUGUCAGUAACCAGCAGUGCAGAGUACUGUGAGCAGUACGUCGCCUACGCUUGCCGAAUGUCCCGCCUGCUCAACAGUCCAGAUGGCGUCCCUUUCACUUGGUGGUUAGGAAGAGCCAAUGAAAAGCAUUCUUACUGGGGGGGUUCAGGACCAGGGAUCCAGAAGUGUGCCUGUGGUAUUGAACACAACUGUACUGAUUCCAAACACUACUGCAACUGUGAUGCAGACCUACGUGCCUGGAAGGAGGACUCAGGCCUGUUGGUCUACAAAGACCACUUGCCAGUCAGUCAGGUUGUGGUUGGUGAUACAAGCAGAGCUGGAUCUGAGGCCAAACUAACCAUAGGGCCACUCAGAUGCCGAGGGGACUCAAACUUCUGGAAUGCGGCCUCCUUUACAAGCCCCGCCUCUUACCUCCACUAUCCUUCUUUGAGAGAUGAAACCAGCACUGACAUCUCUUUCUACUUUAAGACAUCCUCUACUCAUGGAGUCUUUGUAGAAAUCCUGGGAAGCACCAGCUUCCUUCACAUUGAGCUCAGAGCCGGCUCAGUGGUGUUAUUCUCUUUUGGCAUUGGCACUGAGAAGAUGGAGCUCAGUGUCCGCUCACCAGUGCCGUUAAAUGAUGACCAGUGGCAUCGUGUGGAGGCUGAAAAAAACAUCAAGGAGGCAGUGCUGCAACUUAAUGGACAGCACAGAAUGGUCAGGCCCACCACCUUACAGGGCCAUGCAAAACCAGAGCUCUACAGUGAUCUCUAUGUUGGUGCUUCAAGUGGUCAAAGGGGUUUUCUGGGCUGCAUGCGAGCUCUGAAGAUUAAUGGUGUGACCUUUGACCUGGAGGAGUGGGCAAAAGGGAGUCCAGGUGUGAAUCCAGGCUGCCAGGGCCACUGCAACAGCUACAGGAUGCACUGCAGAAAUGGAGGAAAGUGUGUAGAGCAUUACAAUGGUUACUCCUGUGACUGCUCCCUUACUGCUUACGAUGGACCCUUCUGCACUGAUGAUGUAGGCGGCUACUUUGAGACGGGGACAUUGGUGCGUUACGACUUGCUGCCAGAGGGGGGACCUUUUGCGUUGAGGGACGUGAAGAGUCUGUCAGGUGUUGGUGUUUCAAGUGAGGCCAACCUGACUCAGGAGGAGCUUGUGUUCAGCUUCAGCACCUACAGUGCUCCCAGCAUUCUUGUCUACAUCAGUUCCAGAACUCAGGACUACUUGGCUGUGGUGCUCAGACACAAUGGCACUCUCCAGAUCCGCUACAGCCUUGGAGGGCUCACAGAACCGUAUACCAUAGAUGUUGACCAUCGUAACAUGGCCAACGGUCAGCCACAUUCUGUCAACAUAACUAGGAACUUAAGGGAGAUACGGCUACAGCUGGACCAUUAUCCAGUGUCCACAUAUACGCUGCCUGAGGCCUCUGACACCCAGUUCACUUUGGUCAAAAGUAUCUUUCUUGGCAAAGUCUUUGAAACAGGCCAGAUUGACCCCAUCCUGAUCGAGCGCUACAACACACCGGGUUUCAUGGGCUGCCUGUCAAGAGUUCAGUUUAACAGUGUAGCACCGCUGAAAGCUGCCCUGCGCUCGAGCAUAGCAGCACCUGUCAGCACCCAUGGGAUACUGGUUCCUUCAAACUGUGGAGCCUCCCCCCUGACCAUCUCCCCCAUGGCUUCAGCCAGAGACCCCUGGCACAUAGAAGCUGGAGCUGUUUUCAACCUCAAUGAGGACAAGUUCAGUGGUGAUGGUGUGGAUCGCAACUCGGCUGUCAUAGGAGGAAUCAUCUCCAUGGUGAUCUUCAGCGUCCUGUGCAUCAUGGUGUUUGUGAUCCGUCACAUGUUUCGUCACAAAGGCUCCUACCACACUAAUGAGGCAAAGGGAGCCGAGUCAGCAGACUGUGCCGACGCAGCGAUCAUUGUCAACGAUCCGGCCUUCACCGAAACCAUUGAUGAGAGCAAGAAAGAGUGGUUCAUCUGAACCCUCGUCGAUAUGGACACACGUUAGGAUGUAGUUUUGCAGGCAUAGGGAGUAGCUGGAGGUGACGACCUACUAACCCUGGAGGAUGUGCUGAGGACUUUAGAGACAGUGGAAACCAUUGGUAUUUUAGCUUGGGUAUUAAAGCACAGGGCGCAGAAGUGCCUGGCAGCGACAGUGUGGAGUGAUUCAUAUGAUGGAAUGACAGCCUUCAGUGUACGGUGCCAUAAAGUUUCAGGCCUUGGAUCAGUCAGUAUGUUCAUUUGCUUUUAUCUUAUAUUUUUAUAUAUAUCGCUCUGACUUUGAUUUCAGUAUGUAAUGUAUUUAUUUAUUGAUAUUAUAUUUUUUCAAAUGUUUAUAUUAUUUAUUCUUAAUUUUCUUUGUGUUUUUAUUUCAUGUGUUUGUGCUUUACUUCUGGUACUUUGACUUUAAGAACUUUGGCAUGAAUUAUAAUAAUUAUGAAUUAGUCCCAAUAAGCCUUUGUGCAUAUAGCGAAAGUAAACAAUUCUAGAGUGUUUUUGUAUAUUAAGUGUGAUACGUUAUAAUUUGCCUUAUUUUUAUAAAAUAAUUUAUUCUGUAUGUUGGUAGUUUAAUUUUGGUUCUCAGACUAAAAACUAUGGUGUGUGUGUGUGUGUGCGCGACACACGCACGUGCAUGCACUAGCUGGCUUGCUUGUCUGUAAAGGAGAUGUAGCCAUGACAUUGUUUGCAUCAUCUGAACUCCGAGCUUCUGUUGAUUUCUGCAUCUGAAUGUGUCUUUCAAAGACUUCUUGAUACUUGUACUUUCCUUUUUUUGCCGUGAGUUCAGGAAACACACUCAGCUUGUCUUAAGCGGCCAGACUACAAAAACAUAAUAAAUAAAUAACUUUAUUAAACUUUACAUGAACCUUCAAAUCCACAGUGAGGCAGGAUUAAGUUUAUAUUAGUGAGUCCAACUUCCCUAAAGUGAACCAAAUACCUUCCAACAGCUCCCAAAGCUGGCAGAUGUAUUCACUGUCAGCUGCUGAGAGCUAGCCACAAACUCCACAAUCUAGACUAAACUGUGACUCUAACAGCACCCCCUUCAUUACCUUCAUAUGCUGAAGGUAAUAUGUGUGACACAAAACUUUCUCGCAAGCUGGUGGCAGAUCUGCAAUAUGUCCACAUUGAAUCUGAGGUCAAAUAAAGAGCAAAAGUAGGAAAAAGCAGCAGCCUUCAUAACACUGCACUGGGUUCAUGGAUCAGGAAAGAACUCUUAUCUUGGAUAAUAUUCAAUUUUGCACAGUGUUAAGAAUUAUUAUAUCAAUGAGCCCUCCCUGUAAUAAAAGAUAGAGUGGACUGACAGCAGAACGGUUUCAUCACGCUAGCUUACACAAGUUCAGGUGAACAGCAGUUGAGAACAAAAGCCCUUGUGGAGAGCUGCUUUUGCUGACUUGCUGUGACUGAACUAGGCUGCAGAGUUGGUUUCAUUCUUUGUGGUCGACUCCAAGGUUACACACAUUUAAACACCCUCUCUGUAGUAGAUGAAUGUGACAUGAAGCAGAUACUCAUCAUCAAACAAGCAACUGGUCAUAUUUUGGCAGCAGGACAUUUUCCACACUCACAGAGAAAUCCUUAUUUUCAUUUAGCACAGUCUUUCAGAGGUGUUGUUUUCUCCUCUGUGUCCCUGAAGCUAGAAUAACAGGUCAGAUCAUACUGAGAGCUGCUCCUUCCAGUAGAGCAGCUACGCUGACUGGAUUCAAGCUGGUGAUAAGAGUCUUUUUGUUUCUUUUAUCUGGAAAUAUGUUUCUACAAAGGAAUGUUUGUCCGUCACAAGCUAAUGGCUUACACUUGACAUUUGAUUGUACUGCAUUUGUAUUCAUUUGACUGCAUUGAGAUGUAUUGGCAUGCCAUUUGUCACUGAAUGACACGUUUCUGUUGAUGAACCACUGUAGCAUCACAUUGCUUUUUCUUCAUUGUUCUGUGUAUAAAUGAUUAUCAUUUAUAGCUGAUUUCUCAUUCUUUGUGCUUGAAACUAUAAUGCCUCUUGGAGCAGCCUGUAAAAUACAAGUAUGACUCAUACCCUCAAUGAUAUUUCAGUUUUUACAAAACGCACUUUCAUCACGAUGAGUCUUCACUCUAUAAAGGCCCUUGAAGUGACUCUUGUGCUUUGUCACUAUAUAAAAAAACUGAAUGAAAUUGAAUACUUAUGAAAAUAGUUACAUGGAUACAUAAUUGCAAUUUUAAUUGCAUCAGGUCACUGUAAAAUAAACAUAUUGUAGUAUGGAUCUUGUGUCCCUCACCCCAAAGCCGUAGCUCAGGAUGUAAGGUUGGUAGUUUGAUCCCUGACUGCUGCAGUUUGUAAGAUGCAAGAUGCUCUGAUGCGUCCAUUGGAGUGUGAAUGCCAGCAACUGCUAGUGCUACCCCUCUGCCUCCUAGUAGACACACCUACUGUAUCAAACUCUAAAUCCUACAUCACAACGAGAUGUCAAAAAACUUUAUCUCCAGGAUUUGAAAUCGUCCAAGAUUUGCAGUAGACACACCCGUGGUAUCAAUUUCAAAAUUCUACGCCAGAAAGGUGCUAUAUCAGAACCAGUCAGGUUACCAUCCUAGUGGCAGCUAUCAAAGCUUUUUCCCCCACACUGCACCUCUUUAGCAAAUACAUAAAACAGCUUUUUAACGCUAAAAGACAGUUUUGC